UUAGCUGCACCAGAGAUAAACAGCAAUAUAAAAAGUAAGGGGCAGGAAUUCCAGUAGGACACAGAAGAAACGAAAAAGAUGGCCAGCAGAAAGGCAGUAACCCGAGGGAAAGCAGCUGCUAAACGUGCUCAGCGUGGCUCCUCUAAUGUCUUCUCCAUGUUUGAGCAAUCCCAGAUCCAGGAAUUCAAGGAGGCAUUCAGCUGUAUAGAUCAGAACCGAGAUGGAAUUAUUACCAAAUCUGACCUCAAAGAAACAUAUAUGCAAUUAGGCAAGGUGAACGUGAAUGAAGAUGAGCUGGAAGAGAUGCUAAAAGAAGGAAAAGGACCUAUUAAUUUCACUAUUUUCUUGUCACUGUUUGGAGAGAAGCUUAAUGGGACAGACCCUGAAGAUAUUAUCGUCAAUGCUUUUAAACUCUUGGACCCCAAUGGAACCGGCAAUGUCCAGAAAGAUGAGUUGAAGCAUUUGUUGAUGACGCAGGCAGACAGAUUCACUGCAGAAGAGGUGGAGCAGAUGUUGGCAGUGACUCCUAUCGAUGUGGCUGGAAAUAUUGACUAUAAGUCGCUAUGUUACAUCAUCACUCAUGGAGAUGAGAAAGAAGAAUCUUGAAGGCCUAGUAGAUGUGCCACAGGCAAUGAAGACAAUUUGACCCACACUCUGAUUGCAUAACAUGAAACAUUUCCAUUUUAAGAUUCAAAUUAUUUAAUGUACACUGUGUUUUAGCCAUAUGGCUAGCACAAACAUAGAACAGGCAUAGACUUGCAACUAUUUCUCUGUGCCAACAUCUGCCUCCAGUUUCAGGCUGGCUGCAGAUGUUGGCACAUGCAAAACGUACAAACGCUUAUGCCUUACCGGACAUGUUCUCAUAAUGCUCUUAUCACAGAUCAGACAGAACAAAGGUGUGAAUCAGGAACUCACUAAGUUUCCCAUUGCUAUGUGUUGCAUCAGACCUGGAAUUGGAUGACAAGUAAAUAUAUUAUGACAGUCAGGGUAUAUUUCCUAUAUGUAGUACAAACUACAAUAUUUAUUUUAUCUACUUUCACAAUGAGGUGAGAGGAAUGAUAUAUGGGCAGGAUAUAAACCUGAUUGAGAGUCACUGCUGAUCCCUUGCAAAAUGUUAAUGUACUCUGUAUAUUUCAUACUAAAUGAGCACGUUUAUAAAAUUACAUAGACAUUUCAGUAACCUUACCCAGAAAUGCUGGAACAGUGAGUACAUCCUACCUAGACAGGCUGCUUGCAAACAGAAGUCACCUUAACAUAAAAUACAUUUAGAAAAAAAGAUAUAUGAUGUACUUUACCUGAUACCAUUUUCUUUCCUCCAGAAUCCCUCAUACAUUUUAUUUCUCUUUUCCUUAAAUCUGUGCUCCUCCUGCUCCAUCUUUCUUGGUUCCCAUGAGACAUAAUCCCAUUGAGAUUUCCACAAUCACAAGGUUUAUUUACCUCAAAUAAGGCUUUGAACUGUAAUACUCUUUUCUUAUUUAUUGCUCAACAGAAUACUUACACAUGGGAACAUUUCUUCGUUCUGUUUUAUAUAAGCAUUUAUUUCAAUAAAACUGGAAAGCAAACAAAAUAACAAAUUUCAAU